AUGCCUCGUAUAGCAACAGGUAGAGCCAUAAUUCAUCCAAAUACUGGUGAAGUACUUGAUAAUGCUUUAACAUUAUGGUUUCCAGGACCUAAUAGUUAUACUGGAGAAGAUUUAGUAGAAUUGCAUGUACAUGGCGGUACUUCAGUGAUAAGUGGAGUAUUGGAGGCACUUGGUUCUAUUGAAUGUUUUAGACACGCGGAACAUGGAGAAUUCACUCGUAGAGCAUUUGGUAACGAAAAAUUAGAUUUGACUGAAAUUGAAGGACUAGCAGAUUUGUUGAAUGCUGAAACAGAAGCGCAGAGAAGACAGGCCUUACGACAAGCUCAGGGUGGACUUAAAAAUUUAUACGAAUCUUGGAGAAAACAAUUGAUUAAAAAUAUGGCACUUGUAGAGGCCAUUAUUGAUUUUGGUGAAGAUGAAAAUAUUGAAGAUGAUGUGUUUGAUCAAGUUACUAAUCAAAUUAAACAAUUGAUAAUCGAAAUAUCUGAACAUAUGAACGAUAAUCGUAAAGGCGAAAUUUUACGAGAUGGUAUAUUUGUUACUGUUCUAGGUCCUCCAAAUGCUGGAAAAAGCAGUUUUUUAAAUUAUUUAGCUCAAAGACAAGCUGCAAUAGUGUCACCAAUUCCUGGAACAACACGUGAUGUUAUUGAAGUUUCGUUAAAUAUUGGUGGAUAUCCAAUCGUUAUAGGCGACACUGCAGGAUUAAGACAAACUGAUGAUUUGAUCGAGAUUGAAGGAAUUUCAAGGGCAAAAAAAUGGUGUUUAUCAUGUGAAACUGGUGAAGGCUUCAAAGAAUUUUUGGAUGAAUUUGUCAAUCUUUUAAAAACAAAAUAUGAUUCGUCAACUUCACAAGUUGCCCUAAUAACUCAAACAAGACAUCGUGAGAAUUUAAAGGAUUGUUUAAACUUUUUGAAAAAUUCUCUAGAUCAAUGCGAUAUAGUGUUAGCUGCUGAAGAAUUAAGAUAUGCAACAAAUGCUUUGGGUAAAAUUACUGGUCAUGUUGAUAUUGAAGAAAUAUUAGAUGUUAUAUUUAAACAAUUUUGUAUUGGCAAAUAG